AUGUCGGGCAACGAACUUGAGAAACACGUCGCGAACUUGGCGCACCUACAUAGUUAUCGUAGCGAGGUUCUCAAAAAGAGCAAGCUUCCACAGCCAGCGAAGGGAAUUGCACGGCGAGCGGCGUCUCACUUUGUUAACUGGCGCCAGCUGCAUAACUACCGCAAGGAGCUCGAGGAGCAAUAUGCGGAGUUUGCAACCGAUCCCCGUUACCAAGUCGACUCGGACGAAUUCGACCCGCAAGCCUACACAGAAGUUGUAAGUGCACUCCAGAGCGCGCUUCUUCUCAAACCGCCUCAAAUUGCUAUUGCCUGGAAGAACCUGACGGUGAAAGUUCCGGUUGUGUACGGGCGCACGGGGAUCGAGACUGUCGGUUCGAAAACACAGGAAGCCGUGCUCGCACUGCCACGCGUAGCGAUCGAUAUUGGGAAAUGGAUCUGGACGGACGUUUUCCGACAAGGGCUCAACAAAGACGCACAUCUAGAACCGAUAGUCGACGACGCUACUGGUGUCCUGCUUCCCGGAGAGACGCUGCUGGUGCUGGGCCCGCCGGGCUCCGGCACCAGCACGUUUCUGAAUGUGCUCGCGCAACGCAGUCUGAAAGACUACGCUGCCAUCACCGGAACAGUUGAGUACAAUGGGUGCGAUUUACACACGGCAGAGAAGCGAACGGUGCGCCCACUGCAGCAUAUCGUGCAGUUUGUCGAAGAGGCAGAUACACACAUCGCCUCGUUGACGGUACGCGAUACGUUCCGGUUUGCAGCCGAGUGUCUGAUACCAGACUUUUUCCCGUUCGCGGAGAAGGUGCGUCAAGAUCGCGUGGAGCUUCUUAUUAAGAAUCUGGGAUUAGAGCAUUGUGCGGACACUGUAGUGGGUAAUGAACUCUUACGGGGAGUCAGCGGUGGAGAAAAGAAGCGAGUGACGAUCGGAGAGAUGGCGGUGCGGCUUUCGUCGCAAAUUUGGCUGCUCGAUCAAUGGACUCGCGGUCUUGAUGCGGCAACCGCAAUGGAUUUGCAAUAUCGAGUUGCCGCUGUAGCCAAGCAGCGCAAUAUUACUGUCAUUUCUGUGAUGCAACAGCCAAGUCAAGAGAUUUACGAUGCGUACGACAAGGUCUUGUUGAUGGAGGCAGGCAAAGUGCUCUACUUUGGGCCGACCAAUGAGGCAGAGCGAUACUUCUUCAAGCUUGGUUAUCGGCGGCCACGCAAACGGCUCAUUCCUGAGUUCUUAGCGACCCUUGGCGACCCAUUCGAGUCGAAACUUUGCAUUCGGCCUGGAUAUGAGGAUCGCGUGCCGCGGACACCAGCGGAGUUCGCCGAGCGCUACCGCAAUUCCUCGAUCGCCAGGCGCUAUCGAGAGAUGGUGGAAUCGCAUUCCUAUCUAACCGACGAGCAGCGCGAAGCAUUCAACCAGGAACGUUAUGUCGAGAUAAGCAAGUUGUACGUUCGCAACUCGCUCCAACCUCGCUUGCGCCAGAUGUUCAUAUGUUUGAAUCGCGAAAUUCGAAUGAUCAUCACGGCACCGUUCUCUUUCAUCGUACGCUUCGCUCGUUAUAUCAUUCUGGGUAUCGUGGUCGGUGCGCUCUUCUUCGGGAUCAAUCAUGAUCAACUGAGCGUUCGCGUUCGUGGCGGUCUUCUUUUCCUUGUCCUCCUAACCGUCGGUGUCGCUGGCUUUUCUUCUAUUCAGCAAAACGCGGCUACUCUGCAAAUCAUACGAAAACAGCGACGAGCAGGCUUCUAUGAAAUGCCACCAUACUUUUUUGCGCUCUGGUUGAUGGAUAUUCCGAUUCAGUUCAUCGAAGUGCUCAUUUACUUGACGCUUGUCACGUACAUGACGAAAUUGCAGGGAGGUCCUCGAUACGGUUUUGCGAUCUUGAUGGUGUGGUUAACCGGUAUGGCAACCAAUACCUUGCUCAAAUCGAUUGGCUACGCAGCACCCUACACGGAUAUUGCGCUCGUGCUGGCGAGUUUGGUGAUCAUGCUCAUGGUUCUGAGUGUGGGUUUCUUGGCUACCCCACCGAACAUACCCGUGUAUCUUCGUUGGAUCUACUGGAUCAAUCCGUUUCACUAUGCUUAUGAGGCCAUCAUGCUGAAUGAAUUCGAUGGCCUGUAUUUCCACUGUACACCGAGCGAACUGCAGCCUGCGGGUGUACCGUCGGCCUAUCAGGUGUGCCCGAUCACGAACGGCAUCAAGUAUUUACACAGUCACUACAACUUUGCGUCUAACCCGUCAUACAAAUGGAUUGACUUUGUCAUCAUCGUGGCGUACUAUGUUGGAUUCACCAUCAUAGCAGCUAUUCUUCUGGUGCUCGUGCGUUGGCCACCGCGCCCCAUGUACAAGAACGCCCGAGAAGUCGCCUGCGAGACGGAUGUUCAGACAUUUGUGGAAAGUCUCGAGCGGGAGGCCUCGUUAUCGGAUCGUCGGUCGCGAGAAGUAUCGAAUCCGUUCACAGAUCGAAAAAUAUCGACGAAUUCCAGACCGUAA